AAUAGAGAAAGAUUUGUAUGAAAAAUAGUUAAUUCAGUUUUGUUUUGUACAAAGAUUUUGACGGUUUGUCGACCAAAAUGAUGUACAAAACCGCACUGAUUGUUGCUUUUGUGGGAACGGCUAUCGCAUCACUAGUUGUAGAACCGGAGCCUCCGGUCGACUUUAGUCAGCACCAGAUCGUCAAAAUCCUACCAAAACGUUUCGGUGAUUUGCAACGAUUGCAUCGACUUCAGGAUGUCUUUGAUACCAAAGUUGACUUUUGGGGUCCACUAAUGCGUGAUAUGCGACCAGUCCUGUCACUGGUUGGUCCCGAUGGUGGCCAAGACUUUCUCAGAGCUCUUAACGGUUCACGCAUUCAGUACGAAGUGGUGGCCAAUAGUUUUCAGAAAGUGAUUGACGAGGAAAGGGCUGCAAACGAAAAGUCUGCUUUAUAUAGUACUCGUGACUAUGAUUACGAUACCGUUUAUCACACAUAUGAGGAUAUUGUGGCCGAAAUUAAUACAUUGCAAUCCAAGAGCAAUAAAGUAAAGACUGGUGUCGUGGGAAAGACAACCCAGGGAAGAGAUAUCCCAUACAUUUCCAUUACAAACCCGAACGGGGGUAACAAGAAAGUCAUAUUUUUUGAAUGCGGUAUACAUUCACGUGAAUGGGUCACCACAGCUGCCUGUAUGUGGAUAUCCAAUCAAUUGAUAUCUACCACAACUUAUGACAAAUAUCUGGACAAAUAUGAAUUCAUUAUUGUUCCCACACUUAAUUCCGACGGUUAUGUGUAUACGUGGACAACCAACAGGAACUGGCGUAAAACUCGUUCACAGAAUGGUCUGUGUUAUGGCGCUGAUCCCAAUAGAAACUGGGACGCCUCAUUCUGCACUCAGGGAGCCUCGACCAACCCGUGCAGUGAUACCUACUGUGGAAAGUCGGCUUUCUCGGAACCGGAGGCCAAAGCAAUGUCUGAAUUAGUCAAAAAAAGCCAGGGCAAUAUUGCCGCCUAUUUUGCUAUACAUAGCUAUAGCCAACUCUGGAUGUACCCCUGGGGCUACAAAUAUGAUGAACCAUCUAAUAGUAAACAAUUGAAUGAUAUCUCCAAAUCAUCGGUGGCCGCCAUUAAAGCCACAAAUGGCCUAACCUUUCAAUACGGAAGCAUUGCUAACACUAUUUAUAUAGCAUCGGGAUCUAGUAUUGAUUGGRCAUACGAUAARGCGGGWGUGCAAAUAUCUUUUGCUCUGGAGCUCCGGGAUACUGGAAAAUAUGGAUUUAUUUUGCCACCCGAGCAGAUAUURCCGGCUUCYAAGGAAACRUGGGCCGGUCUCAGAGCAGCCAUYGAUAAUUUGCCUUAAARUUCAUUAUUACUA